AUGUCGGACUACGAAGAUGAAAUGGAUGUGGAUGCCCCCAUCCCCCCCAAGCCCUCCAACGACAUCACCUUCUCCUCCAACACCGACAACAAAGGCAAACGAAGUGCGGCCAACCUACCCAUCGAAGCCGAAGACACGCUGCCGUGGGUGGAAAAGUAUCGACCCAACUCCCUCGCCGAUGUCAGCGGACAUCAAGACAUCCUCUCGACCAUCAACAAAUUCGUCGACUCCAAUCGCCUGCCCCAUCUCCUCCUUUACGGGCCUCCGGGAACGGGCAAAACAUCGACCGUAUUGGCCCUCGCCCGUCGAAUCUAUGGCAACAAAAACAUGCGUCAGAUGGUGUUGGAAUUGAACGCCUCGGAUGAUCGCGGGAUUGAUGUCGUGCGGGAACAGAUCAAGACUUUUUCCUCCACCAAGCAAAUCUUCGCCGGAAGUUUCGACAAAUCCGCGCAACAGUCCACCAUCGCCAACUACAAACUCAUCAUCCUCGAUGAAGCGGACGCCAUGACGAGCACCGCACAAAUGGCCUUGCGACGCAUCAUGGAAAAGUACACGGCCAACACCCGCUUCUGCAUCAUUGCCAAUUACACCCACAAGCUCAGUCCCGCUCUGCUAUCAAGAUGCACCCGCUUUCGCUUCUCCCCUCUCAAAGAGAAGGAUAUUCGAGUCUUGGUGGAUAAAGUCAUCGCCGAGGAGACGGUCAACAUCGCUCCCGAUGCGGUUGAAAGUCUGGUGAGGCUGGCAAAGGGAGACAUGCGACGCGCGUUGAAUGUCUUGCAAGCGUGUCAUGCUUCAUCCACACCCCUCACCAUCCCCGGGGAAAAGGCACCCCCUACAGAUCAAAUCGUGCGGGAUCUCAUCACCAAUGAGACCAUCUACGACUGCAUCGCCGCGCCACAUCCCGGAGACAUUGCCACGAUUGUGCAGACGUUGUUGACGACCAGCAAUGUGGGGAGUUGUUUGGCCACCAUCACGACAUUGAAGAGAACCAAAGGAUUGGCCUUGGCUGACAUCUUGACCGCUUUGGGAGAGCAGUUGAGUGAGUUGGAAGUACCCGCACAGACGAGGGUGGCAUGGUUGGAGGGAUUGGCGGAUAUAGAGUAUCGACUGAGUGGAGGUGGAAGUGAGAAUUUGCAGACGGGUGGGUUAGUCGGGGUGGUGAGGAAUGGAGUUGGCAUGAUGGAAAAGGCCAAGGGGAAAGCGUGA